AUGGCCUGGCGAGUCAGCUUCGUAGUCUGCGUAACCUCUUUUCUUCUCGGGACCCUCUUCACGCACUGGAUCGCGGACUCGCUGACGCUGUGGAAGUCGCCCGAGAUCAGCGAUGAGCAUCUCUGGACCGCCGCGGCGUACUACUCCAUCCUUGCGCGCAUGCCCGAGUACCUGCUCUAUUUUCUGACUGCUACAGCGUGCCUCGGCGGGAUCACGAUUUUAUGGAGCUUGGGAGAUGGGCAGGCAGGGAAUUUGAUGUUUGACGGGGGCAGCAUCUUCUUGUAUGGCAGUGCGGCUGCGGUAUAUCUGUAUUCUGUCCUCCCCACCCUUUCCACGUUCAAAUCCCUACCCCUCCACACCGCAAGCACCGUCUACCCCCCGAACCUCCGCACGCUCACCCUCGACCUCGCCUCCAACAAUCUCAUCUGCAGCGUCGCCCUUACCGGCAUAUUGCUCCUCCAAGCCGGGCGCUGGUGGGCCGAGAACAGGGACGGGAACGACGACGACGCGCCCGUCAUGGACAAGCCGGAGAACGCGGAUGGGGUCAGAGAGCGGACGAAGAGCGCCAAGUUACGAAAACAAAAGACGAAGAGCUAG